AUGUCUGCAAACGAAAAGAUCCCCCAAGCGACCGCAGAAUUCGAGGAGCGCAACAUUGAAGCCCGACUCUACACAAUCAACCACAUAUUUCUUCCACCAGAACUGCCUCAAGAGAACGACGGUAGCGAUAUCCACGAAUGGUUUCUGACGGAAGAUGUCCGAAUCGCGCUGCAGCGUUUUCGAACGGCCUUCGGCGAUGCAUCAGGUUCUGAUACCAUCGACCGCUGCAUCGAGCUAAUCAAACGGAUGCAGCGUGUACGAGACCGAGGCGGCUUUCUCGAAGGAAAGAUGCUGCUCUCUGAGCUGGAAAGACUUGGUCAGAACGACAUUCUGGCCAUACAUAUGAGAGCUCAGAACGCGGGACUCCUCAUCGUCCGCGUUGAUGAAGAGUACCAAUUCCAAUCCAUGGAGCUGCUCGUACGCGACGACGACGUUAUGAAGUGCAAAGGACGCCUCCGGCGUCAGUUCCCCGGCCCCGCGAUAUCGAUCGAGGCUCAGCACAUGAACGACGAGCGUUUUCGCAAAGCAAUCGUCCAUUUUCUCACGACUGUGGACCGAGAAACGGACUGGAGCAACCUUCCCAAAGACGCGAAGGAUGACGAACGCUGCAAACCCGACACUGCUGACCCUAGGCUUGUAACGGGAAUGCUGAUGGGCGUGCUCCGUGGAUUUGGCCGCCGAUGCGCUGUCUCGGGUAUCACGAAGCGGAGCCGAGAGGAAGUCUUUCUCGGAGAAGAAGCUCAGACACCUUGGAGACGCUCCGGUCUGUGGCUUAUGAUUCGAGUCUCGCUUCAGCUGUGCAUGUUGAACCCGGGUUCCAGACAGCUGUCAUCGUUAUACAAGGAAUUCAUGAUCUUUUUCAUGAGCUAUGUCUUGAGAGAGUCUCCGGCUCUCCACCUACCUCACGACCUCCUUUUCUUCAUGACUACCAAGAUCUCGCGCCGGAUACUGAAGUUGGGCUCGACUCCUAACGGCCCUGGUUUCGCCGUGGAACGUCCGGGGGUAGCCUACGCACAACACGUACUGGAAGACGUGCACAAGACUCUCAAAGAUGAAUGGGCACGCGUCCAGAGCAAAGCCAAAACUUUGAACCUUUCUGCGCUAGAGUCUCUCCAGUUCGAGGAGGAUACAAAAUUGCAGCUUCCUGAGUUGCGACAGUACCUGGACGGAGUCACUCAACUGCUAGGUCCCAAAUCCGACGUACCUGAGUUAAAGGUUAGCGCCGGCCAUUCUUUCCAGAGAAACACGGUCGAGAGUGGAGCAUUGCAAUUCUUUCCUAGGUCCAACUUCACGGCAGACAAGGACUUUGUUUAUUUCGAACUCGCUGACUUCGAGGAUUCGGUUGAGAGUUUCCUCGGCACCUAUGAGAUUGCUUGA